CCUGGCUCUGUUGGCAAGGCCAUCAUCUCCUAAGAGCGAUGGUGGCGGCUUCAUCAAGGACGACAGCAAGAGCACCAACUCCGGUCACAGGGACCCGGCGACGUAGCAGGAGGAACGGGCCCCGGCCAUUGUCUGCCAAGAUAUGAGACAUGAUUGUUGGACGCAGAAGAUUAAAAUUGCUGGGAAUUCUGAUGAUGGUAAAUUUCUUUAUAUAUGUCAUUGUGGAAGUCUCCAAAAAUAGUGGCCAAGACAAAAAUUCAAAACGGCAAGUUAUACUUCCCAGGAGCAGAUUUUGGAGAAAGUAUACUCCUCAUAAGGCAUAUUGGAAUAAACAGCAGCAGAAGUUGGAACACUUAUAUAAUCCUAUUUUUGCAUUGCUUUUCAAUAUGACUGUGGAAGAAAGGUUAUCUUUCAAUAACAGCUUUUUGAACUCUUGUGAUCCUGAUCCAUUUGUAUCCUCAGAUCUUAAAGAUUUUGAAGACUUACCAGAUAGGUUUAAAGACUUUUUUCAUUAUUUAAGAUGUAGAAAUUAUUCAUUAUUAAUAGAUCAGCCACACAAGUGCAAACAUAAACCGUUUUUGCUUCUGGCUAUUAAAUCACUCAUACCACAUUUUGAUAGAAGGCAAGCAAUCCGGGAAUCUUGGGGAAGAGAAAUUAAAUUAGGAGACAUAACUGUUGUGAGGGUUUUCCUAUUAGGUCAAAUUCCUCCUGAAGAUAACUAUCCCGAUCUGUCAGAUAUGUUGAAAUUUGAGAGCAAAACCCACCAAGACAUACUUCUGUGGAACUACAGAGAUACUUUCUUCAAUUUGACUCUGAAGGAGGUACUAUUUCUAAAAUGGGUCAGUAACGCUUGCCCAGAUGCUCAGUUUAUUUUCAAGGGAGAUGAUGAUGUUUUUGUGAAUACCCAUCAGAUCCUGGAUUACUUGAAGAGUUUAACUAAAGAAAAAGCCAAAGACUUGUUCAUAGGUGAUGUUAUCCGUGAUGCUGGACCUCAUCGUGAUACAAAUGUGAAAUACUAUAUCCCACACAGUAUUUAUGAAGGCUCUUAUCCUCCAUACGCAGGAGGUGGCGGAUUUCUUUAUUCUGGUGAUCUGGCAUUAAGAUUAGCUAACAUAUCUGACCAAGUCCUUCUUUAUCCUAUUGAUGACGUGUACAUUGGCAUGUGCCUUGAGAGACUUGGGCUUUCUCCAGAAAAGCACAAAGGCUUCAAAACAUUUGACAUUGAAGAGAAACAGAGGGACAAUAUUUGCUCCUAUACAAACCUAAUGUUAGUCCACAACCGGAAUCCUCAAGAAAUGAUUAAAAUCUGGACGAACUUGCAAGAUCCACAUUUAAGUUGUUAAAUAUGUAUGUGUCCAAAAAUUAUUUCUAAAUUUUAGUUUAAAUUUUUUGGCUAAAUGGUAAGCAUAUUAUCUUCAUUUGGUAGCUUGUUUUGUAAACCAAAAUUAGCUAGUAACAGAUUGUCUAGUACUUCUAAAAGUGAGAUUACAACUGCAAGAGGGCACAUCAGAAGUUAUGGCAUGAAAAUAUUCUUAUUAUUUACUGUCCUAAAAUUUUGAAAAAUUAAAGCUUUCAAAAGUUGUGAUUAGCAUACUUUUAAAGACUUGAUUAGUCAAAUUAUAUUCAAUAAAUUGCUGUUAUUCUGAUACUGUAAUUUAAUUAUGGUGAUAGAUUCCAUCUUUCCUGAGAUGAGAAAUUGUAGAGAUUUUGCUGUUAACUCAGACUCUUAUUUUCCCAAGUUCCAUAAUAACUUAAAUAAUAUCCUAAUUAAAGAGGGGGGUUUGCAGGUUUGUUUCCACCUUCAACUUCAACUCCUUUAUCACUUCACUAAAUAAUAUUUUAGUUAAUGAUGGUAGAAACAUCUCUAAUACAGGACUGUGUAUGUAAAAGAUCAAAUUUUACGUCAGUGAGAAUCUCAUGAAAAUGGUGGUGAUUGAGAAACCAAUUUUUAAAAAAUCCUUAAGGUUAUUGAGUCUAUAUUGGAAGGAAUAUAUUCUAAAAAUCUCAAAUCACUAUAUUGCUAUAUCUUCAUAUGUGUAAUAUCUGACAAUUCAAACAGCAUUUGCUGUCUUUGUAUAUGUAAAAGUGCCUGUAUUUAUUGUUUAAAUGGAAGACCAAAAUAUUUUCUUAAAAAUAUUUAAGAAACAUUUGUAAAGUGCUGUCAGUCAUAUUUAAAUAAAAUAGAGUAUGCUAUUUUAAAUGUGUUGAAAUGCGAAAUGUUAAAUAAAAUUGUUUUUGAAUUUGAAAAAAAAUGAUUUGUGUACAUUGCGGUAUAUAUGUAAUAUGCCCAGACAGUUCUAAAUACUUCAGUGCUUGGCAACUGCUCAUGACUAACAGAGCAGUUAAAGAAAUGAAACUUCCACAUAUCACAGCUCUGUCAUAGCUUGCUAUGAAGAAAAAAAAUGACAAGUCUAACUAAUUUUUAUGUCUUUAUCAUAUUCCAUGUCUGCUGUUGGGAAAAAUGGGAGGAGGGAGCACUGUGCGUGCCCCUUGACUCUGAAAAACAGAGUGGAAAUCAAAUGAAUAUAGCUUGCAGGAG